AAGGAGCGGGCGAGGGACGAGAGCCGCGAGCCUGGAAGGGAGAGCGGCGGAGGGCGGCCGAGCCGCGGGCGGGAGGGCGCCCGGCGCGCCGAGCCCGUGCCACACCCCCCGCCCCCCGGGGCCCGAAGGCUUUGCCGGGGGAGACACACAAAGACAUGCGAAGAGGGGCAGAGCGAGGCUCGCGCACAAAGACGCCGGGGCGCACGGCCGCACGGGCUGCUCCGACCGCCCCCGCGCCGCGCCUCGCCGGGGACCGGCCAGCGCGGAAGCCCGGGCGGAGCGCGCGGCGGCGGCGGCGGCGGCUGCCGGCCGGCGCGGGACCCGGGUCGCCCGCGCUCUCCGGGUGACCCGGGCCCGGCCGCAGGCGCGUGCGGGGGCGGCGGCGCCCGCGCCCAACUUGGCCUCGGCCUCGCCCUCUGCCCAGCCCGCCGGUGUCCCCUCCUUCCCGCGAUUUCGUUUCUUCUCACGCUCCCCCCCACCCCCUCCCGCGUCCAGCCCCGCUCUCCCCACCUUGUAAAACAAAGCCGGGGAAAAUGCCUGCCCGUGCAGCUCGGAGCGCGCAGCCCGACUCUGAAUAAGAAGUGAGUACAAUGGCGUGUUUGUAAAAGCUUCAAGUCCGUCUUUUUCAAAAAACAUUUUGAAUGCUGCAUGCCUCAUGCUUCCCAGCGCCUCGCGGGAGAGACCCGGCUAUAGAGCAGGAGUGGCGGCACCUGACUUGCUGGACCCUAAAUCUGCCGCUCAGAACUCCAAACCGAGGCUCUCGUUUUCCACGAAACCCACAGUGCUUGCUUCCCGGGUGGAGAGUGACACGACCAUUAAUGUUAUGAAAUGGAAGACGGUCUCCACGAUUUUCCUGGUGGUUGUCCUCUAUCUGAUCAUCGGAGCCACCGUGUUCAAAGCAUUGGAGCAGCCUCAUGAGAUUUCACAGAGGACCACCAUUGUGAUCCAGAAGCAGACAUUCAUUUCCCAGCACUCCUGUGUCAAUUCGACCGAGCUGGACGAACUCAUCCAGCAAAUAGUGGCAGCAAUAAAUGCAGGGAUUAUACCUUUAGGAAACACCUCCAAUCAAAUCAGUCACUGGGAUUUGGGAAGUUCCUUCUUCUUUGCUGGCACUGUUAUAACAACUAUAGGAUUUGGAAAUAUCUCACCGCGCACAGAAGGGGGGAAAAUAUUCUGUAUCAUCUAUGCCUUACUGGGAAUUCCCCUCUUUGGUUUUUUGUUGGCUGGAGUUGGAGAUCAACUAGGGACCAUAUUCGGAAAAGGAAUUGCAAAAGUGGAAGAUACAUUUAUUAAGUGGAAUGUUAGUCAGACCAAGAUUCGCAUCAUCUCAACCAUCAUAUUUAUACUGUUCGGCUGUGUACUCUUUGUUGCUCUGCCUGCGAUCAUAUUCAAGCACAUAGAAGGCUGGACUGCCCUGGACGCCAUUUAUUUUGUGGUCAUCACUCUAACAACCAUUGGAUUUGGCGACUAUGUAGCAGGUGGAUCGGAUAUCGAAUAUCUAGACUUCUACAAGCCUGUCGUGUGGUUUUGGAUCCUUGUAGGGCUCGCUUACUUUGCUGCUGUCCUGAGCAUGAUUGGGGACUGGCUCCGAGUGAUAUCCAAAAAGACAAAGGAAGAGGUGGGAGAAUUCAGAGCCCACGCCGCUGAGUGGACGGCAAACGUCACUGCCGAGUUCAAGGAGACCAGGAGGCGCCUGAGCGUGGAGAUCUACGACAAGUUCCAGCGCGCCACCUCCAUUAAGCGGAAGCUGUCGGCGGAACUCGCCGGGAACCACAACCAAGAGCUGACCCCGUGCAGGAGGACCCUGUCCGUGAAUCACCUGGCCAGCGAGAGGGACGUCCUGCCUCCCUUACUGAAAACUGAGAGUAUCUAUUUGAACGGAUUGACGCCCCACUGUGCAGGCGAGGAGAUUGCGGUGAUCGAGAACAUUAAAUAGCCCUCUCUUUGAAGAGCCUUAGGCGUAGCCAUAGGUGAGGACUUCUGUAUGCUCUUUAAUGACUGUUGCUGGUAGCAUUUUUUAAAUUGUGCAUGAGCUCCAAAGGGGGAAACAAAAUAGAUAACACCCAUCAUGGUCAUCAACCAUCAAGAGAAUUUGGAAUCCUGAGCCAGCACUAUCUUUUUGAUGACGCUUGUUGAACGGUCCACGUUCUUUGACAAGUGGAAUAAAACAAGCAAUGUCUGAUGCCUUUCUGUGCCCAGACUGUUUUCCUCCCUCUUUUCCUAAUGUGCCAUAAGGCCUCAGAAUGAAUUAUAAUUGUUUUUGGUAAUAAUGUAGCUUUGAGGGAUCAGUCCUUAACUUUUCAGGGUCUACCUAACUGAGCCUAGAUAUGGACCAUUUAUGGAUGACAACAUUUCUUUUUGUAAAUGGCAAGAGAUUCUUAUGCAGCCUUUUACCUAAGAAAUUUUCUGUCAGUGCCUUAUCUUACGAAGAAACAGAACCCCUCUAGCUAAUGUAUGGUUUCUCCUUCCCCGCCCUACCCCUAGGCUCACCUCUGCAGCCCUUUAUCCCACAACUCCCGUUUGAAUACCAUACCUUGCUGGAAACAGUGUGUAAAAUGAAGUGAUGAUGCCCGAAGAAGGAAUAGAUGCCACAUUAGAUGGACAUUGAAGCAACACUCAGAAAUUCUAGCGUUAAAGGCACUGCAAAGAAAUGAGGUGCACAGAUGGUCCCUCUGAGUAUUUAUUUGACUCAGGUACCAGUGGUACAUAUACACAGUGUAAUUAUUUCCAGGCCGGUAAAAUUGGCGGCUCCAAACAGUCCCUUUUUUCCUGGCAGUAUUUGGAAUUUAUCAUUUAAUAACUACAUUUUUUAAAGGUGGAAGAAAAAAAAUAUAUAUAUAUAUAUGAUCUGAUAGGAGAAAGCUGUCAGACAUGGAUAGUAUUGGAGGUGAUUUAAGACAAUUGGUGUGAAAGAAGAUAGCACGAUAAUGUGUUACGAGGCAUUUGCUAAUAAACAUUAUACUGCCAGCACCUAUUUGCUUUUUGACGUGGAAGGCUUACACGAUUUUCUUUCCCUGGGUGACUUUCGCCAGACAGGGGAGGUGACGCUGUAGCUGGAGUUGGGCACAGCCUAGCCUUGUGUGGGUGUCCCUCUGGAGCUGCGACGGAGUUUGAGAGGAGAAGUGGAAACUGGGAUCACUGUGAUAUAUUGCACAUGGAAAAAAAUGCAGAUUGCAGGCAUAAUUCAUCUUUGACAUUAGAGAAAAGCUGUUAUAGCACAAUUUAAAUCUUGGGAGCUUUUUUUUUUUUUUUAGAUAGAAAAUGCUGAUAACCCUUUUUAGUUGAAUUUUAUAUCCUGUAACUCUUUGGAUGUUUCCAAGAUUCAGAAAAAACUCAUUACAGGCACCUAGUAGAUUGCUACUCUCGUUUAUUUUCAUACUUAGAUCUGCUGUACAUUGUAUAUAUAAUUUUUAAAAUGCAGAAAGAUGAUUUCCCCAAAUAUAAUUACAAAACAUUUCUUUUAUUCUGGGGAAUAAAUGUGGAAAUAUCUGAAUAAGUAGCAUUCAGAUUAGGGUCUUAAAAAAUAAACAGGAUCUUUAAAAAAAAAAAAAACAUCUAAAUAGAUGCUUAUUUUCCAAAAUUUAAAUUUAAGCUAGACAUGUAAAUAUUAUGUAAACUUGUUGAAGGUACUUUUAUAAACUUAAAAAAUUCUAACCAAAAUUUUAGAAAGUCAGGCUCUUUUAGAAAGAAAGCUACACUCAUCUCCUCAAUAACUGUUCUGAAAGUUCAUAUGGUGGAAUGCACCAUGUAUAAACUGUGAAUUGUAUUGACAAAUAAAGUUUGUAAUUAAAGUCA